CAGAUUCCCUCUGGAAAUCCAUUAUAUGAAUCUUACUACAAGCAGGUCGACCCAGCGUACACAGGGAGGGUCGGCGCGAGUGACGCGGCGCUGUUUCUGAAGAAGUCUGGUCUCUCGGACAUCGUCCUCGGGAAGAUAUGGGACUUGGCCGACCCCGAGGGGAAAGGGUUCUUGGACAAGCAGGGCUUCUAUGUUGCACUGAGACUGGUGGCAUGUGCGCAGAGUGGCCACGAAGUCACCUUGAGCAAUCUGAACUUGAGCAUGCCGCCACCCAAAUUCCACGACACCAGCAGCCCUCUGAUGGCCACGCCGCCCUCCGCGGAGGCCCACUGGGCUGUGAGGGUGGAGGAAAAGGCCAAGUUUGAUGGGAUUUUUGAGAGCCUCUUGCCCGUCAAUGGUCUGCUCUCUGGAGACAAGGUCAAGCCUGUUCUCAUGAACUCCAAGCUACCUCUCGAUGUCCUGGGCAGGGUCUGGGACCUCAGUGACAUUGACAAGGAUGGGCACCUGGACCGGGACGAGUUCGCUGUGGCCAUGCACUUGGUGUACCGCGCCCUCGAGAAGGAGCCCGUGCCCUCUGUCCUGCCCCCGUCCCUCAUCCCACCCGCCAAGAGGAAGAAGACUGUGUUUCCCGGCGCGGUCCCCGUCCUGCCCGCCAGCCCCCCGCCCAAAGACAGCCUGCGCUCCACACCAUCCCACGGCAGUGUCAGCAGCCUCAACAGCGCGGGGAGCUUGUCCCCCAAGCACAGCGGCAAGCAGACGCAGCCUGCAGUGAGCUGGGUGGUGCCAGUGACUGAUAAGAUGCGUUUUGACGAGAUAUUCCUGAAGACUGACCUGGACCUGGACGGCUACGUGAGCGGCCAGGAGGUGAAGGAGAUCUUCAUGCACUCUGGCCUCACCCAGAGCCUUCUGGCACACAUAUGGGCCCUGGCCGAUACGAGGCAGACGGGGAAGUUAAGCAAAGACCAAUUUGCGUUAGCUAUGCACUUCAUUCAACAGAAGGUCAGCAAAGGCAUCGACCCCCCACAAGUCCUCUCACCUGACAUGAUCCCCCCCUCUGAGAGAGGCACCCCCAUCCCGGACAGCUCAAGCUCUCUGGGCUCUGGGGAGUUCACUGGCGUGAAGGAACUGGAUGACAUCAGCCAGGAGAUUGCGCAGCUCCAGAGAGAGAAGUACUCGCUGGAACAGGACAUUAGAGAUAAGGAGGAGGCCAUCAGGCAGAAAACCAGCGAGGUCCAGGAAUUACAAAAUGACCUAGACCGUGAAACCAGCAGUUUGCAAGAGCUCGAAGCCCAGAAGCAAGAUGCCCAAGAUCGCCUGGACGAGAUGGACCAGCAGAAGGCCAAGCUGCGCGACAUGCUAAGUGACGUCCGGCAGAAGUGCCAGGAUGAGACACAGAUGAUCUCCUCAUUGAAGACACAGAUCCAGUCUCAGGAAUCUGACCUGAAGUCGCAGGAGGAUGAUCUGAAUCGGGCCAAGUCGGAGCUGACUCGGCUGCAGCAGGAGGAGACGCAGCUGGAGCAGAGCAUCCAGGCGGGACGGGCCCAGCUGGAGACCAUCAUCAAGUCUCUGAGGUCCACGCAGGAUGAGAUCAACCAGGCAAGAAGUAAGCUUUCCCAGCUGCAUGAGAGCCGCCAGGAAGCCCACAGGAGCCUUGAGCAGUGUGACCAGGCACUGGAUGGGGCCCAUGGUGCCAGCCUGACAGACCUGGCCAGCCUCAGCGAAGGCGUCUCCCUGGCAGAGAGGGGCGGUUUUGGAGCCAUGGACGAUCCUUUCAAAAACAAAGCCUUGUUAUUUAGCAACAACACACAGGAGCUGCACCCAGACCCUUUCCAGGUGGAAGACCCCUUCAAGUCCGACCCGUUCCGAGGUGCCGACCCCUUCAAAGGUGACCCGUUCCAGAACGACCCCUUUGCGGAACAGCAGACAGCCUCGGCAGAUCCAUUUGGAGGGGAUCCUUUCAAAGAAAGUGACCCGUUCCGUGGCUCCGCCACCGAUGACUUCUUCAAGAAACAGACAAAGAACGACCCGUUUACCUCAGACCCAUUCACCAAGAACCCUUCUUUACCCUCGAAGCUCGACCCCUUUGAGUCCAGUGAUCCCUUUUCAUCCUCCAGUGUCUCGUCAAAAGGAUCAGAUCCCUUUGGAAACCUAGACCCCUUUGGAAGCGGGUCCUUCAGUAGUGCUGAAGGCUUUGCUGACUUCAGCCAGAUGUCCAAGCCCCCAGCUUCUGGCCCUUUCACCUCCUCCCUGGGAGGGGCAGGAUUCUCAGAUGACCCCUUUAAAAGUAAACAGGACACUCCUGCUCUGCCUCCGAAGAAACCCGCUCCUCCACGGCCUAAGCCGCCCAGCGGUAAAAGCACGCCCGUAAGCCAGCUUGGUCCUGCAGACUUUCCCGAGCCGCCCGACCCCUUCCAGCCGCUCGGGGCUGACAGCGUCGACCCGUUCCAAAGUAAAAAGGGGUUUGGGGACCCGUUUAGUGGAAAAGAUCCGUUUGUCCCCUCUUCUUCGGCCAAGCCCUCCAAGGCCUCUUCCUCGGGGUUUGCAGACUUCACCUCUGUAAGUUGAGUCCUCCGCCUCCAUGCCCUCACCCUUCGCUCGAGCUUGUGGGGUCGCCUUGUCCCUCGGUGGGCGGGCCCCCGGCUCGCUGCGGCCCCGGCAGCUCGGUGUCCCUCACGUUACGUGUUCAGUACCGCCGCAUCCGUGUGAAACGCAAGAAGAGUGACAGCCUGCGACUGUGGCAGGGCAUGCUUUCUUCAGCAGGCACGGAGUGGGCUGCGUCCGUCCCUGUGGUGGACACUGUAUUAUUUCUGUCACGCAAAGGCCAUUGGAGUCACCGGUUUGGGAAGCCAAGAUGCCAAGCGCUUCCACAGUGUGAAGGCAGGGUUGCCGGAGGGACAGCCGGCCCCGCUGUCUCCAGGAGGCCUUGAGCGUGAGCCCUGACUGCCUGCCCCAUGCACUCUGUGCACGAGGACUGCAGAAAGACCGACGGGACGCCCAAAGGAACAGCAGUUUGAGGUCUAAAAGCAUUUAUUUCAGUUUCCGGCCUCCGUGCAAAGAGGGAUCCGGUCUAGAACUCCGAAGUCUUUCCUUUGGCCAAAACGGAAAGAGCGCAACGGUGCCACUCAGCACAGUGACGUGCCUUUCAGAAGCAUAUCGUGGAUUUUGAAAGUCUGGCUCUAUUUUCUCUGUGUGAAGAAUAUUCCAGAUUGUAAAGUGUCGUCGCUUGAGGGAGUUCCCAGGCCCUUCCUUGGAACACAAAAACCUCCUCUGAGAGCUGCAGAUGUCAUCUUUCCGAAGUCAGUUUCACUGUGUACUCAUUUCUAAAAAGGUUUUCUUGGUUCAAAUUUCCUAGGUGCCCCAUCUCACCUCCAGGGUGAGGUGUGCUGUUCAUAGCUGCUUCGACUCCUGAAAUGUUCGUUGCUAAACAAGCCCUGCCAUAUCAGUGCAUAGACAACACCCAGUGUGUUCCUGAACCAAUGUGGCGACCUUUACCAUCCACAGCUGUCCUGUGGUUCAUUUAUUUAUUUGAUGGUCUUCCUCUGUUGCCCAGGCUGGAGUGCAGUGGCAUGAGCAUGGC